AGCGAGUAGCUUGUGGCGUGGGUUGUUAUUUUUAUGGCGUCAAAUAUUUGUGCUACACCUGUGGGCACCUGUGUGACUUCCACGAUAUUAACAUGAUGACGUGAACUUGCUGAGUCGUGAGCUGGUUUUCCUUAUAAGUUAUCGAGAUAUUUUGCCGUCAGUUCUGUUGACUGGCGGCCCGAGUCUCUAUCAAGCUAGCCAACGUUAGCUAGCGUUAGUUUAGCUAACAGUCUGGUGCGCUAACUAGCAGGUUGUUGGUAUUCCUCCCUCAUGCGCUGUGCUCUAGUAAUACGUUAGCUAACUGCAUAGUGACAGACAAAUAAGUAAUGUUAGGUAUGCUAAAAAACAAAAAAACAUUUUUUCACGUCAUGCUGAAGCAGUACUUAACGUGUGCUUGCUAGCUUGCGUAACGACGUUUGAUUAAUUAUGAGUGUUGGCUAGUCGUGUUAACUAGCUACGAAGCUACCCACCUAGGCUGGUAGCUAGACGAACGAUAUCUAAUUACAGGUGGAAAAUAAAUCUCACCCGGUCUUGUAAGCUACCGAUGGUAGUAGCAGCUUUAGCACCUAUCGAUUUAAAAAUCUGGAAACAUCUGUAACUUCACUUAUCAAACGCCGGCAAGAAUGAUGUGUUACAUUAGCUAGCUAACCUUACCCAUUCUGGUCCAGCUAACAGUUAGCUGUUUGGCUCGUCCUCCAUUUAUUUCGCAUUUGAUUUAGCUAGUCUUAUUUUAAAUGUGCGAUGUAUCUGUGGUAACUUGGCUGACCGUGGUAACGUUGUGACUGCGACAUUUGUUUUUCUCUGAGAGCCAGCCAGUGUCACCAGAUCGAUCGUAAACUAACGUUAAAUUGGUUUUCACUGGACAGAACGGACUGUCGAUACCUUGAAUGGGGAGGUCAGGGGGUGUGUACAGUUAGCUCGCUACUGUGAACUAUAGGAACAUGACGACGAGCUUGCAAGCUACCUAUCUACCUUUAAAGGGGUAAUGAGCUGUAAAUCACGUUUUCUGAUUCUGUGUUCAUUUGAUACAUCACGUUAGUCCUGUUGUGAAAAAAAAACCAUGCACUGCCUCCCAAAGGUGAUUAAGUUUUGUUUCUUUUCGCCUGAAACCCAACCCACAUCCGUGACGCAGAAGUAGUCAGUUUUGCUUUGGAAAUCCUUGGUUUCCCUGAGUGAUCCUGUCUUCAUGAUGCCCUCACACUGAACAGGGGAGAACAAAAUUCGGGGAACCCCACCAUCCCUUGAGCGCUCUGCAUUCCAUUGAGCUGUCCUGGGACCUGUGGAACCUUAACAGUCCCGCCUGUGUCGUUCACAGGCUUGUUGUCCCAUCCUCCCCAUGCAUGCUCAUCCAUAGCCGGGGGGAAUCUCAGGGAAAUCCCACAGCAGAGAUAAGUACACUGGCGCCACCUAUUAGAAAGGAACAGACAAUCCCAAGCCCUUAAAAGGCCUAACCCAGGAGGUGGGGAGGUUGUGGAUGUGGGCUCCAGCCUGUGGGUGUAGUUGUGGUCACUCCCCCAGCGGAGCUGUGCACAGGGCAGAGCAGGAGAUGGCCCGGGAGCCCCAGUGAGUAGUGCGGGGCCGAGCUGCCGUUGCUAAUGGAGGCCAAGGUGGCGCGGGAUCGCGAGGAGCUCUUCAGGAAGUACGCGCGGUCUCUGGAACGCCGGGCGGAGGAGGGGCCAGGCAGCGAGCAGCCAUCAGGGGAGGCGGAGCUGGAGGCGGGGCUGCUGGUGGAGGCAGCGGCCCUGAUGGGGGCCUACCGGGCAGAUCCGAGCCAGCGGUUCAAGCUAGUGCGCUUCUAUGAGGUAGCGGAGAACGCUCUGCGGGCCCCCAGGGGCCCUGGACUGCGCGGGCUGGAGAGAGCCUUCGCCACGCUGGAGACCGUCUGCGCAAACCUGCUGCUCUUCCCCUGGAAGAAGGAGUUCCGUUGCAUAAAGACGUUUACAGGCCCGUACGUGUACUACCUUCAGGGGGCGCUGUGUGAGGCUGAUCUGCGCUCUCUGCUGCUCCUGAUGGGCUACUCCAGGGAGCAGGAGCUGCAGUUUCAGGCACGCGACCAGCGGGGGGAGCCGUCGCACCUGCGGCAGCUGGCCUUCGAGCUCUUCCUGGCGAGGGCGGAGUGCCAGCUGCUGGCAGAGGCGGUGGCUCUGGUGGGAGACGGGGCAUCAGAAGCAGAGGUUGUAGAGGCACGGCGGGUAGGGUGUGAGGGGAUGGGGUCUGGGGACGGCGGUCUGGUGACGGAGGCAUCGCGGCUGUCGGUGCGGCCGGUGGAGAGGGGGCGGGGCUGUCUGAGGCGGGGCAGUGCCGGGGCGCGGCCGUCCCGCUCGGUGGAUGUCACGGACGGGGCGGGGAGCUGGCAGCCGCCGCCGUCCCGACCCAUCCUAAGGGCCUCGCUUAGCCUACGCAAAGAGCCGCUCUACACUGACGUCCAGGAUGACCUCAAGGACGAGAUCCUCCACCCUGCCCCCAGCCCUGCUCUCUUUUCCGCCCCCAGUUCUGCUCCAUCCCCCUCGGCCGAGGUCUACCCCUACCCCCUCUCCUCUCUGGACGAUGUGGACCUCUACACUGAGUGUGGGGUGUACCGCCAGCCCCUAUCCCGCCCACCCAGCCGGGAGCCCCGGGACAGCUGGGGGCCGAAGCCCCUCAGCGCCACCAAGUGCCAGGGGUGUGGGCGGGGCUACCCCAGCCUGGCUUCCUGCCACAGGUGUCACUUGAUCCUGUGCUCCUCCUGCCAUGCCCAGGACCCCUCCCCCUGCUGCGGUGGCCCCUCCCCCUCCCCCCGGCCCCUGGACGGCUACCUGCCUGCCAAAGAGAAGCAGCAGCUGUCUGUCUACACCAACAGCCACGGCCACUCCCACUCUCUUAGUAACAACCACACGCACUCCCAUUCCCCAUUGCCAGAGAAGCCAUUGACAGUGUCCAAGCUCUAUCACGGUAAGCCUUUGGUUACCCUGGGAAACGGUGGAGGGGGCGGGUCACGGUGUGGUUUCUGCAACAAGCCGGCAGCCUCGCACACUUGCAUGAGCUGCUCCAAGGUGUCCUGUGAUUCCUGCAUUGGCCUCUACGCCGGGGACACCUGCAGCCGCAAGAACGUGCAUCACACCUUCAUCUCCAACCACCAGCUCAACUACAAAGCCAGCACUAAUGCCCACACCAUCUACCGCUGAACCACCCUCCAUCACAAACCCUCCAUCACACACUGUACCACCAUCUCCCCUCAUGGCUUUUGACAGAUGCUUUUACAGCCAUCUAUCACACCUUGUACCUUCUUCUAUCACACCCUGUACCUUCUUCUGUCACACCCUGUACCUUCAUCUAUCACACCCUGUACCUUCUUCCGUCACACCCUGUACCUUCAUCUAUCACACCCUGUACAUCUAUUACAUACUGUACCUUCAUUUAUCAUGCCUUUUAUUGCUAAGUAUGUAUGACAUGCUGUCAGCCUGCUUGUUUGCAGUUGUUUGCUAAUCAUGAGGAAGCCAUCACCUUGGGGUCACUCAUCAUGUCCACUUCUCUCCUUCACGCCUCUCUGUAGUCCUUGUGCUCUCAUCUCUGUCCAUCCUGUAAUCCAAUUGGAUGUGACCCUGUUGCGCUUUCGACUUGAAGCCUACUCUACCCACAAAAAUUUGAUGUAAUAAAAACUUGCUUGAAAUAUUCUGCCCACCCCCAUCCCCUCCUGCCCUUGUUUUGGUGUCUGUGAUGUCUGACACUUCUUUCAACCUUGGAACACUGGCUUUUUUGUGUGGGGGCGGUUGGCAAGUUCCAAAAAUUACAUUUGUUAUGCAUCAAAAGGACAAACAAAAAUCCAGCCCAAAUUUUUUCUGACCCAUACAUGCACAACCUAAUAUGUUAUGAAAUUACAAAACUCACUGUGGAACAGAAAUGCACAGGUGUGUGGCACUUGGCUGUGGUAGACCCUGAGAUCAGCCAGACCUUCCCAUAAUCCAGCCAGCAAGCACUAUGUCUAAAACCAUUAACUGAUCCAGUAUCUCUGGUCCUGAUAGCACUGCAAAAUGGGUAUGAAACCUGCGGUCUGGUUUCCCGUAACGAGGUAGCAACAGUACUGGGUUUUGUUUGGCUCUGUCUCAAAUGGCUUAUUUGUUCACUUUGUCUAUUCCUUACAUAGUGUAUAAUAUGUAGUGCAUUAUAUGAGGGGUGAGUGUAUGCUUAAUUGUUCACAAACUCACAUUUAAUGCUAGCUAGCUAGACAUUUCUGGCUAGUUAGCGUUGUGUGUUUCUUAUACUAGUGUUCAUGAAGCAUCCAUAGGAUACCGCUGCCUUCCCUUCUAUAGCAUAAUAAAUACAGAAGCAAAUGUCAUUAAAUUUGACUUUGUUUUAAUCGAUAUAUAGACAUUGUGGUUACGGAUGGAAAAGCAAUUGCUAAAGCAAGAAAUUCUGCCACCUUAGUAGGAUUGUUUUUUUUUUCCACCAGCAUUUGCACUGCAUUUUGGGAUACACUGCUACUGUACUACUUCAUUUGGAACUAGUGGACCAUUUGAAACCCAGUCUUGAUCUUACCCAGUGUGAAAAGGCACACAGUGUUUGCUUUAUAGGCCUGUAGUAAAUAAAAUACUUUGUUCUUCCUUGGGCAAAUUCACUGGAUAAAUGUGAGUACUGCUAUUUAUUGUAAGCGUUUCAAAUGUACAGUUCAGCAAUUUGCCAUGAAAAAGGAUUAAAUUUAUUCUUGAAUAAAGUGACGAUAUGUUGAAAACGUU